GUUUUUAGUUUACAUCUUCUCGAACAUCUCAUCGGUCGAUGUGUGUCAAGCUGCAAUGCGAAGCAUCGAUGCCAUCGCAAGAGAACGGUGAAGAAAAAUAUAUUUUUCUGCUUGUUCAACGCAAACUUACAUACUUACGCUUCCGUGCUGACUUUUAUAUUAGUAGUGCGGAGAAGAGAAAGUGUAAAGUGAAUUAGGGGUUUUUUUAGUGCAGUCGUUUUGCUUGCGGUGAAGCGAAAAGAAUAUUCGUCGGUGUGUGAAAAAAAGUUUCGCCAUCGUUUUCAUUUCGUGGGCCGCGUCGGAAAACGGUAAAAAGUGCGUUGAAAAGUGGUGUCGAAAGGCGUCAAUUUCCUUUACGGUGGUCAAGUCUCUGUGGGAACCUUGGGGGCGACAAAAAGACGAGAAAUGGUGGCGAUGUGAAUAUUGUACAACCUGAGCAGGUGUGGAAUUUAAAAGUGGAUCACCAUCAGUAGUGGAAGCGGAAUUCAUUUUGCGUGGCGUCGAGGAGAACUGAAGCGGAAUACAUUUUCGAAUUGGAACGCAGCGGUGCAAUUGCAGCCCUUGGAAAAGGAAGGGAGAAAAGCGAACAGGCAGACACAGAACCAGCCCCAAGUACCGCUCCUCGGCGGGAAGGGACAGAAAGCAGAGGCGGCAGAAUGAGUUUCUUCACCUCCUUUCAGGAACUAUUGGACUUCGAUCAAUCGACCAACUUGAAUGGGUUCCACUUCUCGAACAGUUUAUUCGGGUUCGACUCGAACUCGAUCCCGGGCUUGGAGAACUUGCCACCACCCCCGACGCCUCCAGUAGAUCCACCCACGGCACCGGCCGUGACGACAAACCCUCGGCAGCUACUGAAAACUCCAUCGCCUAUUCCUGAACCCACCCUCCUGCUGGAAACCCCAAAGCAAUGCCAAAUCGUUGAACCACUUCAGCGGCCUCAGACUCCCCCAGUGCAACCUCCAGUCCCGCAGCCCAACAACCUACAAGUAUCACCCAUUCCAAUAGUUUCCAAAUUCCAGUUGAAAGUAACCCCCAAUAACGAAAUUUACAUUUCCAACGAAUCGGGAACGUUCUGCGAGCUGGCCGGAAGUUUCGUCCCUUCAACGGUAGAACGCGAACCUCGUGCAGUUCGGAUCGUUGAAACCAUUGUUCCUCCCGCAUCCCCAGAAAUAAUCGAACCCGAACCGGAAGACCCGCCGAAGACACUCUACUGCAUCGAGCGGGGCAUCAAACGGCCACUGUCCCCUUCCGACCAUCGGUACUGCAACUCUGGCAUUUUCAAAACCUUAGAGACACUCAGGUCACCUCCUAAGAAGAAAACUACCUCCACGAAGAGUAACGGCCUCUUGCCGAGCAGCUCAGAACCGGAAUCCGCAGCCAAGCUUGUGGUGUCCAACGUAAUCAACAACGGGUUAAUCGUUAACAAGAAACACCUCUCGAACAAUGACGAGCAACCAAACGCUUCCGCCUCGUCAACCCCGGAGCGACGGAUUAUGCGUCCGAAAAAGAAGAAGAAGAAAGUACUUCCCAAGGUAACACUGGAGGCGAAGAUCGAGCCGACUAAUGGAAGGAUUCUGACACGGAUUGCCCCCGCUCCGACCGUGACCAGCCGGAAAGUGCCCCAGCAGAAUGCGAACAAACGAUCGGGCCCCACUCCGGACAAUCUUCGGAAGGUUCCGAUAAAACCUGCGCCGACUGUGGCCCCGAUGACGCCAAGUUCCUCGAUUGUAUCCACGACACCCACCACUACGGAGAGUACGCUGAACUUCUCCGGCAUCAAGGAGAAAGCCGCGCAGGAAGCGAUUUUCAUUGAACGAGUCGAGAAGCACUCUCCGGCGCAGAAGGUGGCGCAUCAGCCGGCGCCAAACUCUCAACAGCAGCAGCAUCAACCACUUCCAAGGCAACAGCACCCGCCAACGAACCAUGUUGCCCCGGUGCAGACUAAAUACACCGUACCUGUUAUCGAACCUGAUACGAAACUGGCACCGGAAGGUGCUGCCAUACCGGACGAAGCCCAUUCGAGUCCGGCGCCAGUGGAGCUAAAGGUCGUCGCUGAUCUGGUGAUGGAUAAGGACGUCUUCGGUCACAUUUCGUUGUUGAGCAACGACAACAAUCGCAACAAGGCAGUCAUCUAUCAAAACCCAGUGACCACCAAAAACGUCAUCUACAGCAUCCUGAACCCCAAAUCGCUGAAUCUUAGCUUGGGAGGUUCUGGGCGAGGAGCAACGGCCACUCUAACCCUUCAGCCUCAUCGCCCAGGACGAAAGCCAAAGAAACGUGGUCGCAAGAAAAAGGUCCCCGGCGAAAACAACGGAAGCGCAAAGGAUGGCCUUGUCAAUGCUUCACUAACUCCUACUCCUCCCGACUUGAGCGCUCUCGAUCCCAAUACUCCCGUCAUGAUCACUCGAUCCGGAAGGCUCUCUAAACCGCCCCGCUAUGCGAACAACUUUUUCCAGAAUAUUAAACAGAAAGCAGAGCAAGCUCCAAUCCUGCCACCUCCACCACCUCCGCCCGCGCCUGUGAUCCCUCGGAUAGAUCUCCCCGCCACCGAUCCCGAGACCAUCGAAAAGCUCCCCAACUUCUCGGCAGCCCUCACUUCCUCCACCGUUGCACCCGUCACUUCGCAACCCGAACAGGAACCGAAACGGAAAAUGAAGAUCCCGCUGCAAUAUCGUUGCGCCACGUGCAACAAGAUCUAUUUGGGAAAACGCAUGCAGAGGCAUUUGGAGAAAUAUCCCAGUCACAACUCGCAGCGAGACUGCAUGAUCACCAGCAAAGAGAAGGUCGAAGAAAAGGAGGAGGAGAAAUCCACCUAUUUGUAUAAACAUCUGUUUGAUUUGCUGCAGAAGUUUACCGAAAAGGAUAAGGGACGCAUCAUGCUUAAGGAGAUAAGCCAUUUUGUCGAUUACGUAAGGGCACUGAUCCCUAAGCUUAUUACAAACGAUGAACAACACAGUACAGUUGAAUACAUUGAUCAUAACGUUGCGGACGUUCUGAGGUUGAAUCAUGGAAAGUAUCGUCUCAAAAUAUCUUCCCUGGCGGAAGAAUGCGACAAACUUAAUCUCACAGUGAAUCUGUUGAACAACAACCCCAACCCCGGUCUGACUACACCCAACCGACCACCACCUCCACUCUCGACCAGCACCCCCAACGGAACCAUCGAAAGGCAUUCACUCUCUUUCAAUGCCGACGAUCUACUCAACCAAUCCAGUUCAUUCCCUAGUCUAACGACGUUGAUGCACGAACACAACCUUCUCCUGCAGCAGAAUGGCAACGUGGGUGCCAACUACAACAACAACAAUUCCUUCCACCAGCAGAACAAUAAUCACCAGCCACAGCAAACCAACAACCAUCAUCACUCCAAUCACCACCACCACCAUCAUCAUACUCAUAACAAUCACCACCCUCACAGUAACAACAACAAUAACCACCACCACUACAUCAGCAGCAAUCAUCACCAUCAUCUGCCGUUGAUCGGAUCCAGCUGUCACGAUGAUGCCAUGAACAGCCUGUCCGGUUUGUGCAAAUCCCCAGUGCAGCAUUCCACCUCCGGAAUGGUCAAUAUGGCACUGAACUUGUACUAGAGAAAUUAACUAAAACAAUACAAAAAAAAUACACAAAAAAUUAAACAAAAGUAUAUACACAGCUACUACCUACAACAAAAAAAAAAUACAAACGAUGAAGUUCUAACAAAAGUAUGUAACUACUAGAAAUUGUAAAGUUUUUUGAUGCAAACGAAAGAAGGAGAGAUGACGUUAAAACAAAUUGGUUUUACAUUGAGUCUAAUCAGCAUACAAAGAAGGAUAAUAAACUUAUUGGAAAUUAGUAAUAA